AAAAUUUCAAACGACGUGAUACAGCCAAUUUCGUCUAAUGAAAUCUCUGUAAAGGUGGAUAUCCUUCAAAUUCGUUUGUAGAGGAAAUCUCGUCAAUUUUUCUGCCAGCUUGCUACAUACUUGGUUACACAAUGCUCCAGCCUAGAGUAUUCUUCACAAACGACGUCGUUCCAGGGUAUUGUACCUUAAUGUACAACAUUCAACGCCGGUGGAUGACAUCCAGCAAAAGGGUACAAGACCGCAGCCAGAACAAGCGCGUGCAGGAACUCGAGAUCGCCACAGAGAAACACAAGGUAAUCUCCAAAAUCCUACAUUUGUUCGAAACCCUAAAAUGCGAGCAGGAGAGCAUCAUUUCUUUAAGAAACCUCGACCAGCAUCGCCAGCAGCUCAAUCUCCCCAAACCCAAUAAAAUAUCCGAUUUUCUCCGUAAAUCUCCCAAGCUUUUCGAGCUGUAUAAAGACCGUCGGGGCGUUGUGUGGUGCGGGUUGACGGAAGAAGCCCAGGAAUUGAUUAAAGAGGAGGAGCAAAUUAUUCGAGAACACAGCGAAAAAGCUGCAGAAUAUGUAACUAGAAUGUUAAUGAUGUCUUUAGAUAAGCGGCUUCCGCUCGAUAAAAUCGCACAUUUCCGUCGCGAUUUAGGUUUGCCGAUGGAUUUUAGGAAGCAUUGGGUACAUAACUAUCCCGAAAAGUUUAAGGUUGUUCAGCCUUUUAAGCCUUACGAUGAAGGGGAGUAUUUGGAGCUCGUUUCUUGGAAAUCUGAUUGGGCGAUAACCGAACAUGAAAAAAAGGUUUUAGGCAUAAACGAAGGGAAGCGUGAUUGUGAUAGUGAUCACGUACCUGGAUUGCUUUCGUUAUCUUUUCCGUUAAAGUUCCCCCAAACUUACAAGAAAGUGUACAGAUAUGGUGGGAAAAUCGAGCAUUUUCAGAAGAGGGAGUAUCUGUCACCGUACGCAGACGCCACUGGUUUGAAAGCAGGGUCCCUCGAGUUCGAUAAGAGAGCAGUUGCAGUGAUGCACGAGUUGCUUAGCUUUACGAUCGAUAAAAGAUUGGUGACGGAUUAUUUAACGCAUUUUAGGAGGGAGUUUACGAUGCCGCAGAAGCUAAUGAGGCUUUUGCUGAAGCACUUUGGGAUCUUCUAUGUUUCGGAGAGGGGGAAAAGGUUUAGCGUGUUCUUGAAGGAGGCUUACGAUGGUUCGGAGUUGAUCGAGAAGCAUCCUUUGGUUGUUUGGAAGGAAAAGGUUAUGAGGUCAGUUGGUUAUAGGGGAAAUAAGAAGAAGAUAGGGAGUUUCGAGGAUUUUUCAGACAGUGAAGAUAACUACGACGUGGCUUUGGUUCGUUCCGAUUCUGGAGAUGAAGAACAUGCGGUGAUGGAUCUUGGAAAUGACGAGACGAUGCAAACCCUCGAGAAUGAUUCGGAUGGAGAUGGUUCCGAGAUGGAGAUUGACGAUGUUUGCAGCGCAUACAAUGACUGAAUAUUAUGACAAGGGACCUGGCAUUGACAGAUUGAGGUUCGAUUAGUCUUACUUGCUCAUUGAGCUUGCGGGAUUGAUAAGCUGCAGCGGGGAAAUAGCGUGAGUAAUCACGUGGGCCCCACAAAAGAGAAAAUAUGACGAUAGGGUUUCAGAGAUGUAGGCCGUUUGGUUAGCGAAAAACGGUGAUUUGGUAACUACUAAAGGUGACGGAAUUUUUAGCCUUAUUCUUACUGCUCCUGUUAACUGACUGUACUAGGAGAUUGAAUCUUUAGACGUAGAAUUCUUCGAAAUCAGACAACAAAAAUUGCCGAUUUGAAGGGUACUUCAGAUUAGAAAAAAAAAAUAUUAUUGUGCAUUAAAUACUAUUCGAAUAUUAACAUGUAAGUCGACAGCUUGAUGUAUGAACGCUGCUAGAUCUUUACUUCAUCGAGUGUAGAAUAGAUUUGAUCUUGAAACGUGUUGAACGGUGUGAUUCA